CUUGAUGAAGUUUUUGACGAGUCUCAAGGCAUGCUUGAAAAUACUGACACCGAAGAGGAUGAAGCAGAAACUUCUCGAAAAGCAUCUGAAGCGGCCGAACAUAUCACCUCAAUGAUAAUCACCAUCCCUCAUGAACUUGGUCUUGAUGCGCAAGAUUUCCGUUGUCCGAUGUGUCGAAAGUCGAUUGGAGCUGUGUUUUCGAAAUUUGGUGUCUGUGGUAUUGAUGGACUGUAUUAUUGUGCUGAUUGUAUGCGCCCCGGUGGUGAAAUGCCCAUCCCAUCACGUGUGCUUCGAAGCUGGGAUUGGAAACCACGUCCGGUGUCCGAUCGAGGACGUGCAUUUAUUGAAGCAAAUCAGUCGUUUUGUGUGAUUGCACUACUUUUGCAAUCUGCAAUGGAGCAGGAGGAUACCCCUGUUAUACGCAUCGACCAACAUAAUCCCACACUUUACGACCAUGUGCCGAUGUUGAGGACAAUGAAGAUGCUUCGAGAACAGCUUCAAAUUGCCUCCAUGUAUCUCUUCAACUGCCGUGAAUCCAUAGCUGAUGACUUCCGCAGAAGAGUAUGGCCACGAGAACAUCUCUACAAUGACAUCCACGCUUAUUCCAUUAGCGAUCUGCUUCUCCUACAUAAUGGACAACUAGAGAAGCAAGUGCGUGGAUUCUUGAAACAUGCCGUGGAUCACGUUAUGCAUUGCUCGUUAUGUCGACAGAAGGGAUUUAUUUGCGAGAUAUGCGAGGCGAACGAAGAUCUGCUUCUCCUUCAUAAUGGACAACUAGAGAAGCAAGUGCGUGGAUUCUUGAAACAUGCCGUGGAUCAUGUUAUGCAUUGCUCGUUAUGUCGACAGAAGGGAUUCAUCUGUGAGAUAUGCGAGGCGAACGAAGUGAUCUAUCCGUUUGAAACCGAGAGAACAUAUAGGUGUUGA